AUGGAAACACUGCGAAACCUGGAGAGCUGGAUCUUGAUUAAAGUGAACGAGGAGCGAAAUAAGAAAAAGACCCAACUCCUAAACAAAAUGUGUACUCUAAGACAAGCACAAUCAACGACACCCGGACCGUCAUCCGUCCACAACCUGUCAUCCAAACAGCUGACAGAGGACCAAGUUAAAGUUCUUCAACGUGAAUCCAGUUACAACACAGGAGACGCACAGCCAGUGGACUUCAUCGCUGCAAUAGAAGCGACACUCUCAAAAACUGAUACCACGGAGGACUCAAAGAACGCGAUUCGCCAACGAGUCGCGUCCCUCAUCAUGUCCCACAGACCUCGCCGAACCAUCCCGCCGGCAGAGGUAAAGGCCAUCAAGGAACUAAAGAGGGACGAAGAAAUUGUCAUUGUUCCAUCAGACAAAGGGCGGGCAAUCGUAGUGCUAGACAAGUCGGAGUACGUUACCAAAGCGCAGCAGCUACUAAAUGACGAACAAUCGUAUAAAGUCAUCGACUCCGACCCCAUGAAAGCACUGGUAGGCCAAAUCAACAAGAGCCUGAACCAGAUGAGGAAAGAAAAGGCAAUAUCAGAAAAGGAUUGGAGACAAAUGAAACCCCAAGAUGCUGCCCUAGCGCACUUUUAUGGUUUGCCGAAAAUCCACAAGCCAAAUGUCCCCCUACGGCCCAUUGUGGCGCUGAAAGGCACGCCUACAUACGGACUGGCUAAAUGGCUUGCCAAGCAUUUGAAGAAGCUGACGGACGGCUCAGAACACACAGCUGUAUCGUCAACACACUUCCUGGAAAGACUAAAAGACGUCACAAUAGCCCCCGACGAAAUAAUGGUAUCUUUUGACGUCGUCUCUCUAUUCACCUCCAUCCCUAAAGAAUUGGCCAUGAGAGCUGUCGAUGACCUACUGAAGAAAAGGUACGACGAAGAAGGAAAACCUUUUAAGAGGAGGCACGCGAUGGAACUACUGGACUACUGUUUGCACACGUACUUCACGUUUAACGGCCAAAUUUACGAGCAAAUCCAAGGAGCCCCAAUGGGGUCCCCAAUCUCCGGCUACCUGGCUGAGGCGGUCUUGCAGGAACUGGAAACGCGGGUCUUCCAGACAUACAAGCCGAAAUUCUGGAUGCGCUACGUAGACGACACCUUUGUCAUCUUACACCGAGACGCGAAAGACAACUUUAAAAGAGAAUUGGACUCAGUUUUUCCACAAAUCCAAUUUACCAUGGAGGAAGAAAAUAACGGAGUGCUCCCUUUCCUCGACGUCCAGGUAUCGAGGCAGGAAGACGGAACCCUCCAGACUGGUGUCUUUCGAAAGGCGACAGACACGGAGAAAAUUCUUCAUUACAACAGCAAUCACCCCCUGUCGCAUAAGCGCAGUUGUGUCCGGACCCUUUUCGCCGCAUCCACACACACUGCAGCACAGAAGCCGAGAAGCUGCGGGAGCGUAAAACCCUAUGGCGCCUCUUUCUUGCCAAUGGAUAUCCACGCAGUUUUGUGA